GAAACUGAAAAGUUUGUUGACACCGGCCGCCCUUGUGUUGUUGUUUUGUUGAAACAAGUGAAAACAUGGUGCAGACGUGUUGUGUUAUUAACUGCCACAAUCGUUCACGCGAUCGCUCCGGGGAUAAAAAGGAUGGGGUGACAUUUUUCCCAUUUCCAACGUGGAAGCAAAGCCAAGGAGCUGUGAUCUGUGAGCUAACGAAGAGACGCCGAAUGGCCUGGAUAGCAGCCGUGAGACGACCACACAUCACUUUCGACGCCAUCACCCGACACAUGUUGGUGUGUUCACGGCAUUUUCACACUGGGAGACCAGCUUAUGAAAUGGAUGAAAGCCAUCCAGACUGGGCACCCUCAUUGCAUCUCGGACACACGGAGGUGGAAGCUGCAGAUAAGAGACUACACAUAACAUUGUACGAGGAGGAACUUUCUCCAACAAGAGAGGAGAACGAGCGGCUACGACAGCAACUGGAAGCUGUUUGCAAAACUCGAGUUGUGCUCCACGUUGAAGACAUCCAUCAGCUGAUUGGUCAUCAAAAAGAACGUUCGCCUCAGCCACAGAAUAGGAGCUCCACUUUGGAGCAGGCGGAGGAGCCACAGCCAAUUAAAGAGGAGGGGCCACAGCCCACCCACAUUAAAGAGGAAGAGGUGGAGCCACAGCCCCCCUAUGUUAAAGAGGAAGAGGAAGAACUCUCCAUCACUCAGGAGGGAGAGCAUCUUCUAGGGCCAGAGGAGGCUGAUCACGCCAGGUUGCCACUGACUGGUGUCUCUGUGAAGACCGAAGACCCUGAAGACAAACCACCUGAGUCCUCACAGCUUCAUCAUAGUCCAAGUGAGGAGAUGAGAGAGGCGGAGCCUUCAUGCAGCAGCUCACUGCAACACAUGACAACAGAAGCUGAUGGAGACCACUGUGGAGGAUCACAAGCAGACAACCUCUUAGCUCCACUGUCAGAUAGUGACGACACAACGUCACACUCUCCUGAAGGUGAAGACAGCGACUUCAACCAAGAAUCUCUGAGCAGCGAUACAGACUGUGAAGGUGAUAUGAUGACUCACACUGGCGACAAACACUCUGAAAGCUCUAAAAAGAAGACAGGUAAACGUUUUAACUGCUCAGUUUGUGAUAAAAGAUUUUCUCGUAGCGGUAAUUUGUCUCGACACAUGAGAACACACACAGGAGAAAAACCUUUUAGUUGCUCACACUGUGGUAAAAGCUUCACUUUAAAGACACACAUGCAAUCACACAUGAGAACACACACAGGAGAAAAACCUUUUAGUUGCUCAGACUGUGGUAAACGCUUCACUCAAAAGUCAGACAUGCAAUCACACAUGAGAGCACACACAGGAGAAAAACCUUUCAGUUGCCCUGAUUGUGGUAAACGCUUCACUUCAAAGACAAACAUACAAUCACACAUGAGAACACACACAGGAGAAAAACCAUUCAUUUGCUCAGACUGUGGUCAAUGCUUCACUCAAAAGACACACAUGCAAUUGCACAUGAGAACACACACAGGGGAAAAACCUUUUAGUUGCUCAGACUGUGGUAAACGCUUCAGUCGAAAGACAAACAUGCAAAGACACAUGAGGACACACAUAGGAGAAAAACCUUUUACUUGCUCAGACUGCGGUACAAGCUUCACUGUGAAGACAAACAUGCAAUUACACAUGAGAACACACACAGGAGAAAAACCUUUUAGCUGCUCAGACUGUGGCAAACCCUUCACUCAAAAGUCAGACAUGCAAUCACACAUGAGAACACACACUGGAGAAAAACCUUUUAGUUGCUCAGACUGUGGUAAACGCUUCAGUCGAAAGACACGCAUGAUAUCACACAUGAGAACGCACACAGGUGAAAAACCUUAUAGUUGCUCAUACUGUGGUAAACGCUUCAACCAAAAGACAAACAUGCAAAGACACAUGAGAAUACACACAGGAGAAAAACCUUUUAGUUGCUCAAAUUGUGGUGACACAUUUUCUUGGAAGUAUUCUUUGAUAAGACACAUGCAGAAUCACUGAUGGUCUCCUGCUUGACUCGCCUGACUUCCAUGCAGUCACUGUGUUGCUACUGUGUUGUAAUAUUCUUUGCAUGUGUCUUUGUUCAAUAAAUACAUCUUGUUUUUAUUCAUAUGCAAAAGAAAGACACGGUGACUGCAGUGGUUUCAUUUGUAGUUAAAGGUGUUUUAUUUGACUGUAUGCUGUCAUCACUAAAUGCUGUAACUGAUGAAGUCACUUCCUGUUCCAUUACUUCCUGAUUGGGUCGGGAAAGUAGUGAUUUGAUUCCUUUUACUGACUUGAGUUCUUAUGAUUCACUCGUUGGGGUACGGACCGCUUCAAGGAGGCCUUUGAAGGAUUUGAGUGAGAGCAAAAUACUAGUUUUUGCUUUUUUUUCUAUUUGUGUAGUGUUGAUUUGAUUUUGCUCAAACAAUGGUAUGUAAUAAAAGGGAAUCAUUAUAUUUUGUUGAUAUUGUUGUAUUUCAUAUUGACUAAAUCUUCACAAGUGUAUUGAUCCAAAUAUUGUCAGGUACUUUAUAAUGAUAAUAAUCAAGACAAAGAAGUUACAGGCAAAUUUAUUUUUAAAAAAUUGAAAAAGCCAAUUAAGAAGUACAGUAUCUGUCAUGCAGGCUUUGUACAGACAGUGGACAUUGAAUGUUGCCAUAAUUGUAUUGUCUGCUUUUAGUUUUCACUACUUGGUCUGGUCAGUAGAGGGCACUGUGUGUACUUGAUUGUUUGGGGGCGUUACCAAAAGGAAGCAAGAGUGUAGACCCACUGAUCUGUACUAAAAGAAUCUGGAUAGACCAUACGUCGCACGCGCCCGUGCAAGCCGCUGAAGCCACAGAGAGGCCAUCUUAGCACUCACCUCUCGUACGUAGCAGACUGCAUUGGUGUAGAGUCCCUUCAUAGAGAGAGUUACGACAACUGAGAUUACGCCGCCAUGUUGGGGCCAAUUCAAGCAUGCACAGUACGACAAUGCAUGUAAAAAGUGGUAAAAAGAAUAUUACGGUAUUCAAUGUAAUAUCCAUAAAAUAACUGCAGUUUAGAUUAAGUGCACGAAAUGAGGUUCCCCGAACAUACAGAUCAAAAUAAAUCUAAAAUUGGGCCAGAUUAUAAACAGUAUAAUACGAUUUUUAUAUAUAAAUAUAUAUAUGUAUAUAUAUAUAUAUAUAAUUGCGCUUCACAUCUAACAUUGGGAAUUCCUUCUACAGUUUUGAAGCAUUCUAAAUGAAACUUAGGGUAAAUGAGGACAUUGACAUGAAGAUGUGCAAGACAUGUUUUUUUGAGUUUGUUUGUCGGACAAAGCGUUGCCAUGGUAAGUUUGCUCGAGAUAAUGGAUUACUUUAUUUGCAACCAGAGGUGAUUUACACAAGGAUCAUUCACAUUAAACACAAAUUCACAACACCAAAUACAAGACAUGGGACCGAACAGCCUCAAUUGACCUACCUCGCACAGCUUCGGCUUCCAGCCCAAAUGGUUGAUUUUAUUCUACCAAAUUGUUCGUCUGUUGAUAUCUGAAGGGAAUCUGUACAGCUUGAAACCCUCCAGACUUAUUAGUACAGAUCAGUGGUCUAGACCAGGGCAGGCUUUGUGCUCGAGAUGCAACUCAACAACACCUAACCUCCCCAAACAGAAAUGAGUGCUUUGACGGUGGUUAUCAACUUACUUUGUCAAGUCCGGUUUUUGGGUUUGUGCUCAGUGCUCGUUCACAUGAAAGGUGACGUUUGACGUCAUAUUAUUCUACUUGCUCAAAAAUGUGCAUUAACGCCACCUUCUGAAAAGGACAGGCUCCAGCUUGCCCGGGAACUUCACUGAUGGUAAAAACUGUCCAAAUAUUAAGAGAAAAAAUAAUUUUAUGAGAAUAAUGUUGUAAUAUUACAAGGGAAAAAUAACAUAUAAAAUAAAUAUUAUGGGAAAAUAGCCACAAUUAUGAAAAGAAAAUUUACUAAAAGAAAGUUGAAACAGCUACAAUAAUACAAGAAGAUCGCUUGCACAAGCAUCUGUACCGACCUGCUUUAAGUCCACCACCAUAGUGCCCGUACCCAAGAAGAGCAACGUGACCUGCUUGAAUGACUAUCGCCCUAUAGCACUCACUCCUAUUGUUAUGAAGUGCUUUGAAAGAAUAGUCAUGACCCACAUCAAAAAGAGCAUCCCGGCAACUGUGGACCCUCUACAGUUUGCAUAUCGCCAGAACCGGUCCACGGAUGAUGCAGUCAACACUGCCAUCCACACAGCCCUUUCUCACCUACAGGGCCAGGACAUAUAUGUCAUAAUGCUAUUUAUAGACUAUAGCUCUGCUUUUAAUACAGUCAGCCCCCACAAACUCACAAAUAAGCUCCUCACACUUGGCCUGUCACCCCCCCCUCUGUAACUGGGUGUUUAACUUUCUCACAGGCAGACCCCAGUCAGUCAGAGUCCACAAUCGCACAUCCAGCUCAAGAAUUGUGAGCACUGGGACCCCACAGGGGUGUGUGCUGAGUCCGCUCCUCUACACGCUCUUCACCUACGAUUGCGUGGCCUCCCAGAACAACACCAGCAUCAUUAAAUUUGCGGAUGACACUACAGUCAUCGGACUGAUCACUGGUGGUGUUGAAACAUCAUACAGAAGAGAGGUGGCGGACCUCAUAGCUUGGUGUCGUGAUAACAAUCUCCUUCUCAAUACAGAUAAGACUAAAGAGAUGAUCAUCGACCCAAGAACAAGGGAAAAGGAGCCGCAUAGACCCCUGUUUAUUGAUGAGACUGAGGUGGAGAGGGUGAAAACCUUCAAGUUCCUUGGCACACACAUCAGCGAGGACCUCACCUGGUCUCACAACACCCAACAAAUUAUGAAGACGUCCCAAAGGAGACUGUACUUCCUGAGAAGACUGAGGAAAUUUGGCAUGUCCACCACAAUCCUGAGUUGCUUCUACAGAUGCACUAUGGAAAGUGUCCUUACCGCCUCCAUCACUGUUUGGUACGGUAACUGUACAACACGUGAUAGGAAGGCACUCCAGCGGGUGAUCAAGACCUCACAUAACAUUGUUGGGGCAGCCCUCCCCUCACUGCAAGACAUUUAUAAAACUAGAGUCCUACGAAGAACACACAACCUCAUCAAGGACAGCACACAUCCACAACACUCAUUAUUCACACUCCUACCGUCAGGCAGACGCUACAGGAGUUUGAAGUCCAGGACCACAAGGCUGGCAAACAGCUUUUACCCACAGGCCAUCAGGCUUCUCAACGAAGCACUCGCACACGCCGCACGCAACACACGCACACACUCAUAGCACUUUAUUUAUUUAUUUAUUUAUUUGUAUUAUUUAUUUGUAUUAAUGUCUCUUCUGUUGUUGUUGCUUAAUUUAUUGGUAUUUAUGUUUCUUAUGUUCUUAUUCUUUCUUGUGUUUUCUUUCUUUUCUUGGGAGAAUGAAAAGAAUAAGAAUUUCAUUGCAUGGUAUAACUGCCUGUUUUACUAUGCAUAUGACAAUAAAACUCUUGAAUCUUGAAGAAUACAGUCAAAAUAUUAUGGAAAUACUAUAAAGUCAUAAUGAUGGGAAGAAAGUUGAAAGGAAAGUUUGAAAAAAAAACAUCAAAAAUGAAAAAUGUAAUUUUAUGUGUUGUUUUUUAUUUGUAAUAUUAUGAGAAACAAAACAAAAUAAACCUGUAAUUUUCUUUUAAAAUUAGGUUGGGAACAAGUUAUAAUAUUAUGGGAAUAAAUUCAUAAUAUUACGAGGAGAAAAUUUGCAAAGAUUAUUUAUGAGGGAAGCUGAAAUAUUUGGAAAAUUAAAAAACAACAACAGCAAGACUGGGGGGGAACGCAACACACGCACACACUCAUAGCACUUUAUUUAUUUAUUUAUUUGUAUUAUUUACUUGUAUUAAUGUCUCUUCUGUUGUUGUUGCUUAAUUUAUUGGUAUUUAUGUUUAUGUGUUUAUGUUUCUUAUGUUCUUAUUCUUUCUUGUGUUUUCUUUCUUUUCUUGGGAGAAUGAACAGAAUAAGAUUUUCAUUGCAUAGUAUAACUGCUGUUUUACUAUGCACAUGACAAUAAAACUCUCUUGAAUCUUGAAUCUUGAAAAGAAGUCGGCUUUUUCACCGACAAAGCUGAUGCACUUUUUUUCUUGUAAUAUAUGUAACUUGUAAGCAUACUUCUAAGCUACCACUGGCCGUGCGUGUGGCACGCACACACGCUCUCCCAAUAAUUUGUGUGUGGUACUACACCCAUGGCUCUUCACACACGUAUUCCAUCCAUGUUUGAGUGGCGUCCUUGGGAAGGAUGUGAGAAUCGGGCAUGACUGAAGAUGCAAGAAGUUCAAUACAUUUACAAGCAAAGAAUUUGUGCAGAGGAGCCAAAGUGCAAAUGUGUUCAUCCAUCAUACUGAGUUGAUGACUUCAUUUCUUUGUAGGAAGCAAAAGUUGGGUAGCAGCAGCAGAUUUCCAAAAAAGAAAUUGAGAGCUUUGCCUUCUGGCUUUGCAUGACGGUCCGGUCCUCACGCUCCAACUUUCCCUCACUUGUGAACAACACCACGAGAUACUUGAACUCCUCCACCCGGGGCAGGACCUCAUUCCCAACCCGGAGGGAGCAAUUCACCCUGUUCCGACUGAGAGGUCCUAAUUGGACUCCCUUGACCCGGGAACAGGCUGGACUUCAUGCUUGCACUGCCAAUGGCAGCUCGCCACCAAUCCCGUACUCCCGGAGCGCCGCCCACAGGCACCGCGAGGGAUACGGUCAAUUCCUUUUCCAAGUUCACAAAGCACAUCUUGAGGGUUGCAUCCAUGAUUUAGUGUUAAGGAUUUUCUUACCGACGCAUGUACAUGCUCUUUAUGUUGUUAUCUGAAGUUGAUCAAACAUUCACUGUGACUUUUUGUUGAUUCAGUAG